CAAAAUAUACGAAAUGAGCUUGACAUUCGAAUUCUUAGAUUUUGGAUACUUUCCAUCGGAUCGACAUCGAGCAGGCUUCAAUGUUAAUACAUAUCCGAAGGGAUGAUACUGACUACCGAAGCAGUUCUCAACGGACGAGUGUCAGGUGCGCAUCCAAAGAAAAGAAAGGUUUCUUCGAGAUGCUUAAUUUGCGGUUUGCUAGUAUUCGUGAAAAUUUUAAUUUAACGUCGAUUUGUUUACUGUAUAUUAAAGUUUAUAAUUUAGAAUUUUUAUAUACAAUCGAGUGAUUUCAAGUGAUAUAAUAGAUCGGUAUAAGUUUUUAUAGAUGUAAUUGUUAGCUAUAUUGAGAUUAAAAAAUUAUAGUGAUUUAGAUAAGAAAAAGAUUGUGUAAUACUUUUGAACUACGUUAAAUACGUAUAGUGAAUAUGGAACUGGACAUAAGAACUAAAAACAAGAGUAUUUAAAAUAUAUAAAACAUAUCGUUAAAUCGAACGUUCACAUAAAAUCUUUUAACAAUUUCACGAUUGAGUUUAUAUUAAAUUUAGAAUAAUUUGCUAUUGAAUGAAGAUAGCAAAGUAAAUAAUUUGGAAUUACAUAACUGAACAGAAGUCAAUUAAAAUAUUCUAUGUCUACAUAUUUUGUUGCUACGUGGGUAUGAACGGUGCAGUAUGUACCGUUUUUGGUCAUAGCAUGGUAGCUACAUUAUAUCUUUUCGAUAUCUCUAAAGAAUGGGAUACAUUUGCAAAUGAUAAAGGGUAGCCUGACGUCACAAUUUAUUUAUGAAAUGGCAGGACUGUAUGUUACUUUACUAAGCACUAAAAUAUUAAUGUGCACUGUACUCCAUCCUAACGAUCGAUUAUGGUUGGAUUUCGAACUAUGCAAAUGUCAGCAUAUCGAAAUACCGAAAAGUUAAAAUUUAAACGCAACGUAAAGGGAUUGAAUAAUUAUAUGAAAUCAAAAGGGAAAACGAGAUUUUUCUAAAUGGAUAAAAGAUGACCGUCUCUUAUCAAUACGAAGUUGCCAGCUCCACGAGCGGAGGAUUUACCAGACUUCUGCUUAUGUGGAGGGGUUCGCUCUACAAGCUUAUUUACAGAGAACUUGUACUCUUUGUGAUUAUGUUCGCAUCACUCUCGGCUAUUUAUCGUCAUGCUUUGACCGAUUUACAAAAGAGGGAAUUUGAGAAAUUCGUAAUAUAUUGUGAUACGUUCAUUAACUUAAUUCCUCUUAGCUUCGUGCUAGGAUUUUACGUGUCUCACGUAGCUGAUAGAUGGUGGAAACAAUAUAAUGCGAUACCUUGGCCGGAUAAGGUUAUGCAUCUAGUGGCACUUUAUGUUAGCGGAGAUGAUGAAUACGGUCGUAUGUUGCGGAGAGGUCUUAUGAGAUAUUUGAAUCUCUCCCUAAUACUUGUACUACGUUCCAUUAGUUCGGCGGUAAAAAGACGGUUUCCAACUCUCGAUCACGUGGUAGAUUCCGGUUUCAUGACUUCCUUGGAAUUAGAUUUAUUUCAAUCGGUACCAAGUCUCGAAUUCAAUACCUACUGGAUCCCAUGUACAUGGUUUAUCAAUCUGUUGAAGGAAGCACGUCGAAACCAUAGGUUGCCUGAUGCGCAAGGUUUAAAAAUAAUUAUGGAGGAAUUCAAUGAUUUUCGCUCUAAAUGUGGACUCUUAUGGAGUUAUGACUGGGUUUCCAUACCUUUGGUUUACACGCAGGUCGUGACCCUUGCAACGUACAGUUUCUUUGCAGUUGCACUUGUUGGUCGUCAAUAUAUCGAGGGAAAUCAAAAACAAUUUCAGCUAAAAGUUGACAUAUAUUGUCCUCUAUUUACGAUUCUACAAUUUUUUUUCUUCAUGGGUUUAUUAAAGGUAGCUGAACAAUUAAUAAAUCCUUUUGGCGACGAUGACGAGGAUUUCGAAUUGAAUUGGCUUAUUGAUCGUCAUGUCAAGGUAUCAUAUUUGGGCGUGGAUACUUUGAUGACUCGCUGUCCGCCUCUCGUAAAAGAUAUUUACUUUGAUGCAGAAAAUCUUAUCUUACCUUACACCGAAGCAGCAGCAGCUUACAAGAGAAAGACUUAUCGUGGCAGCGUUGCAGAUAUGCCGGUGCCAGAAGAAAAGCAAACAAUGUUCUUACCAGGAAUAUUAGAAGAAGAGGAAGAACCCAGAAACACACCUCGUACGUCGAGUGCUAGUUUAGUAACGCAUACUGACAGUCCAAUGACUGAAAAGCGCCAGAUUAGCGGGUCACCUCAAACAACUCCAUCGAUGGUUAGUAACUCUAGUGAAACGGUUCUUCAAUUAGAUAAUCAAGAACAACAACAACACCAACAGUGCGAAGUUGAGCAAGGCGAUCAACAACGCAGGCGUUUGACUGGUGCGAUGAGAAAAUUUUCAGCUAUUGCUAGGCAUACGAAUCCACGAGUUGAGUCGAAUCGAAAGCCUUUCUUUGCAGCAAUAAAAACACCCAAGAUAUUGCUGCAACCUUGGCCGAGUGCCACCAACUUAUCAGGAAUAAACCGUCAUCGAGGUCCCGACACGCCCGCACCAUUCACUGCUCCUAAAAUACUAUGCGUCCCACCAGCUUUACAGAUUUCAUUUACCGACGAAGUCAAAGAUCAAGAGAAUCGCGAAGGCUUUGAUAACUCUGCUUUUUUUCAUGAAGACGUUGACGAUCGUUACAUAGAGGAUCAGGACGAUAAUACAAUGGAUAAGUUAAGGAACGUUAAACAAUUUGAACGAUUCGUUUUAGCGGAUACUUCGGAAUGUUCAGAUGCGCAACUAGAAGCGAUAGAUCUACAGCGUUUCAAAGAAACUAUAGAACAGAGAUCAGAAAGCUUUUCUAACUAUCUUCUUCAAAGACAACGUUCUUCAACCGGAUCUAGCGAUAAGAAGGGUGUUCAUUGGAGAACAGAUGAGAGACGACCUUCGUUGCUGGCUCGUCGGAAAACCAUUCACAGCGUCCCAACUUCUCUGCAAAUCAUCAUACCACAAGCAAGGAGUUCACCGAACUUAACCAAUAUAGAAGUUGAAGAGAAAAACGUAGAGAAGCUAGAUACUCCCGAUGAAUCUGAAAAAGAUACCAUAGUUUAAAUAUCGAUAUAAUUCAUAUAUACUACAUAUUUGUGAGUAUGAUAAAAUAUUUCAAUUUUGAUCGGUUUUUCCCGCCAUUAUUUAUCUUGUGCGACGUUUAUAUACUGAUUUAAAUAGGCUAAGUAUUAAUAUUAAUCUCUCUUCUUAUAGCAUUUGAUACAUUUGACGAAUUUUCUGCAACAUCAUGGUAAAUAUUAAUUCAGAGAAAUGAUCAUGUUUAUUUAUUUUCUCUCUCUCUCUCUCUUUCUCUCUCUCUCUCUCUCUCUCUCUCUCUCUCUAUACUUUUAUUGUUUUGAUAAAGGAGUAAAUUAUAAUAUAUUUCAUUUCAAUGCGCUUCUAGAUCAUAAUCAACAUAGAUAAUAAUAUCUAUAAUGAAGAUAAAACAGAUUUGAUCAAGUAAUAAAAAUAUAAUAAUAUCUUUAAUGCACAUAUUUAUGAUAUUAUAUUGCUAUAAACCAUGUUAUGAUGCUAUAAAUUUAUUCGAAAUUUGUAAUAACAUUUUAACGUAUUAAUUUAUUUAAUCGUUUUACUGUCGGCCAAGAUUUAAAUAUUUAUAAAGAUAUAUUUAUUAGUUUCCAUCUCAGUAUUAUUAUAAAAUGACUGUAUUAUUAUAAAUUAAUUAUUUCUAUAAUUUGUAUAUGAUUCAAUUUAUGAUUUUUUAAAUUGUAAACAAUAACUAUUUGGCGGAAGAAGCUGUGCGAUUAAUAUAUUCUAUAUUUGUUGAAUAAUAGUAGCAUUUUAGAAUAAAUACUUAUAAUUAUUUUCAAAACAUUGGGAAUUGUUAUGUAUAUAUUGUAAAUAUUAGACCCCUGAAUGUUUCUUUAAACACAAUAGAAUAUUUCAUCAUUGUUGAUUAACUCCAAGCAUUUAUCUUCUUAUUAUGUUCAUGAACCUUUUAUGUAAUAAUAAAGGCAUGGAUUCUAAUUUGAUAAUUUAUUGUAUGUAUAACAAUUAUUAUAUAAUAAGUGUUAGUAAAUAAAUAGUAGAUGCAACCAUU